AGUCCUACACUGUUUGCCAGUUUACCAAGAAUCUGGUUAUUUUAUUAUUCAGGAGUAACACUCGUCUCGAGUAAUUAGCUUGAUUACUGCGUUAUCACGGUGUGAAAAUCUUCACCCCCAAAUGAAAACACGUUGAAAGCUAUUGCCGUUAAAAUUUCGUUUUCAAUUUUGCAUUGUAAAAGUAACACGAAUCUACAGGAACCAGAAUUCACGGUAUAAAGUCAUCGUUGAAAAAUCGGACGAUUUUCGCAACCGUACUCGGAACAAAUAACAGAUUGCUUGGAAAAAAAAUUUAAUCCUCGUAAUGUGUGGGGAUAAAAGAUUCAUGUUGCAUGUGUGUAACGUAGAAUUUGCAGAUCGGUGAAGAGGAUAAGCUUUAUGGCGGUGAAGAAUUGCGCAUAACCGUGAAGGGAAGUCGAGGAAAAAUUAUCCUACCAGAAGAGCCCAGUGAAAAUGCUGAGCUCUGACCGGUCUGAACACUACCCUUAAGAAUGACGGAGGACAUAGACGUCGUCUUCAAGGAGCCAAAAACGUUCAAACAGACGCUGAAAGCGCUGAAUUUUUUCUGCUGGCUUAUGGGAACCGGAGCUUGUGAAAUUGGUGGUUGGAAGAAGUGCUCGAUACUGAUAAGGGUCUUGCACUUCACGGUAUGCUCGGUGAUAAUAGCCUACGGGAUAACAGACUUCUUCUCGUUCGGGAACAUCUUCAAGAGCGAGAUGUACAAGAUAAUGUACUACAUGAACAAGGCCGUCAUUUACGUCACGUCCUAUUACUACGUACUUCUCGGCGUGAUCCAUAAGAAGAGUUGGGAGAAAUUCAUCGAGAGGAUCGAUCACCUCGACAGGAAAAUACGGAGGGAAACAUCCUUCGACGAUCGCUCCAUCAAACUCAGGCUGGGACUUGCCCUUGGGUUCACCAUCCUUAUGGGUCCCAUUUCAGCCGUGUCUCACGUCUUGUACUACAAGCUGACCGAUCCCUCGCAGAUAUACACCUCGGAUCUGCUCGUUUAUUACACGGUAGCCCAGUCGCUCAUCACAAACUUUUGGUUCGACAUCGUCGUCUGCACGAUUCACCAGAGGUUUAAGAUCGUCAAUAGACUCAUCAAGCAGAUCGGAGACUCGUACGCUGCACCGUGGAUCGUCCUCAAGAUCCAACGACUGAGGGAGCUGCAUCAUGAAAUCUGCGGACUGGUCAGCAUAGUGAACAAAGUUCACGGUAUGCACUUGCUUUUGAGCUCGGCAAACUCGUUCAUGAUGGUCUUGGCUACGCUGUUCAGGAUCUACAUAGGGGUUGUGGAAUUGAAGUUUGAGUUUAUAAUGAUAAACAACGUGCUUUGGAUCGUAUACGCGACUCAGUUUGCUCUAAAUUGUUUCGCGUGCACUUUGACCUGCCGCGAGGCGAUAUCGACUGGAAUCCUGAUCCACGAAGUCGGACUUAAGAACAAUCAGCUAACGAAUAAACGUCUGUACAACAACACCGGAGUACAUAAUAACAGACGGUCAUUGAGCUAUCAACCGGAAGCGAAAACCUACGAAGGAUCCUGCGUGCAGAAUGAAAUCGCUCACUUUUCUUCCCAGUUGCAACAAAAUUCCGUAUCUUUCAGUGCCUGCCAUUUUUUCGAACUCAACAACGCGCUCCUGCAAGGCUUCGUCGGCGUCAUCACGACGUACCUCAUUAUCUUGAUUCAGUUUUACGUACCGGACCGAAAGACGACAAACUUCGGAUCCACCACCACCCCGUCUACUACAACUGAACAAUUUGAUAUCUAUAACUCAACAUCUGCGGAUAGCUAGAUAAAAAUGAAUGAAAUAGAAUAGGAAAUUGUAUUUUUCACAGAGGACCUGAAAAUUAACUGAGAUGUUAAGCUUGAGAGAAUUUAUCAGAAAUUGAACAUUCGCGAGGAGCGAUUCAAGCUUGGUUCUGGAUACAGAUUCCCUUACCGACAUCUUAUCGACACUUCCAAUGUCUGGAUACAGAUUCCUGUACCGACAUCUUACCGACAAUCCCAAUUUCGGUACAGAAAUCCAGAACCGAGCUUGAAUUGCUUCUUUUACGCUUAGAAAGUAAGAGGAAAAACACUGUCAUUUUGAAACCAUUGCUAUUUGAAUCUUGGAUUUCGUCGCAAUCGACUUUCCGUUUUAAACCAUGUCGGUUAAUUGAACUUCAAGAUAUAUUUCACGUGAAUUUUAGUAUAGCACGUGUUUGCAAAUAUUUUCUAGUCACAGACUCUAUUCUUGAUGGUGGUUUUUAAAAUCUAUCGUAGGUCAGAUCGCGAACCGAAUAGUCUAUCAUUAGGCGCAACCUGACUAGUCAUCAAAAAUUCACACAGUGGCUCAUGUACGAAUGUUUGUAGUGAAACUAAUGCUCUCAAGAUCGUACUACAGAAAAACGAUACAUAGUUUAAUACACAAUUGGUAGAGAGUGCAUGAAAAUUUUUUAAUUAUUUUCGUUUAGUGAUAGCUCUUUGGAUCUUACGCCCGAACAUGGUUCAAAUAUGGAGACAAGUAUUUGAAAACUAGUUUCAUAAAAACUAUGAAUGAAAUUAAAAGUACGUUAUGUUCACACAAUUACAAGAAUAAUAUUAAAAAUAAUAUUUGCAUGUGAGUUUCAAUUUAUUU